AAUUCAUCAAGGUUCUACUUCUAGCAAUUCAAUUAAUUUUAAAAGACUAUUUAAAAUAAAUAGUAGUUCUAAAUUUCCAUAUGGUUCCUCAUGUCCUCCUUAUCUUCCAGCUGAAGAGGGAACUUAGUGAAUAAAACAAAUUACCAAUUCCAGAAGUCAUAAUAUAGUCAUUGCAAUUUGCAAACCAUCGCCAUGACAUCUCUCCUCCUCCUAUUGAUUCUCUUUCCUUUCUGCACCGUCACUGCAGCCUACCCCACUGUCCCUGGUACCACUGAUACUUCCAUCUCCGCUUCUCAAAACGACAAUCUAAUUCCAAUUCGCCGGGAAACCUAUGCCAACGGGAGAAUCAUCGACAUCAGCCAUCGAUACACCAGCGACAUGCCAUCGUAUAGCUCCGACAACGGGCUAGGACAGUUCCUCCGCCUAUCCACCAGCAUCAAGAACGGAUCCUUCGCCACCAUCUCUGAAAUGAAGCUCUCAGUCCAUACUGGCACACACCUCGACGCGCCGGGACACUUUUUCGAUCACUACUUUGAUGCCGGCUUUGAUGUUGAUAGCCUAGAUCUUGAAGUGCUUAACGGUCCGGGCCUGUUAAUAGAUGUACCCAGAGAUUCGAACAUAACUGCUGAAGUUAUGAAAUCCCUAAAUAUUCCAAAGGGAGUAAGUCGUGUGCUUUUUAGAACAUCAAAUACUGACAGGCGGCUAAUGUUCAAACCUCAGUUUGACACAAGCUUUACUGGAUUCACAGAGGAUGGGGCAAAGUGGUUGGUGGAGAACACUGAUAUCAAGCUUGUUGGCAUUGAUUACUUAUCUGUUGGUGCUUGGAGUGACAAUAUUCCAGCUCAUCUUGCCUUUCUCAAAAGCAGGGAAAUUAUUCCUGUGGAAGGUUUAAAACUUGAUGAUGUAGCAGCUGGACUUUAUUAUAUCAAUUGCUUACCUUUGAGAUUGGUUGGUGCUGAAGGAUCUCCGGUAAGAUGUGUUCUUAUCAAGUGAUAGCUCUUAGGCUUUGUAUUAUAUGAAGUUAUUAAUUUCUAAAUACUGAGUGCUUGAAGUUGUAUGAACUUACUAUAUAUAUAUAUAUAUAUAUAUAUAUGUAUAUAUUUCUAAGUUUCAAUUCUAAAUGCAUGUACCACCUAAUAAUACAUUCAGGCUUACAAGCAUACCAUGCAACUACGAUUCUUAGUAGUCUAACAAUCUUUUUAAAUUA